CAACAGAAUAGAUAACGAAAUUUCGCAUUCUUGUUUAUAGUAAUUGGUAUCUGUUUUUACGUAUCCGAGGCACGCCGAGCUUUUGCGCGUUUAAAGAGCUAAUGAUAUGAAUAACGAUACGGAAUCUCGGUUUUUUCAUUUAAUUAUGGUAAUCAUGGCUAAUCGGGGUACAGCCCAGAGGCCAAAUGGUUCAACACAAGGAAAAAUUUGUCAGUUUAAAUUGGUGCUACUUGGAGAAUCCGCAGUUGGAAAAUCAAGCCUUGUAUUGAGGUUUGUUAAAGGACAAUUCCAUGAGUUUCAAGAAAGUACUAUUGGAGCUGCAUUUUUAACACAAACAGUAUGUCUGGAUGAUACGACUGUAAAAUUUGAGAUUUGGGAUACAGCAGGUCAAGAACGUUAUCAUAGUCUUGCACCAAUGUAUUAUCGAGGUGCACAAGCAGCCAUUGUUGUAUAUGACAUAACAAAUCAGGACACAUUUGUACGUGCCCAAACAUGGGUGAAGGAAUUGCAACGACAAGCCAGUCCAAGCAUAGUUAUAGCAUUAGCUGGAAAUAAAGCAGACCUUGCAAAUAAGAGAGUUGUAGAAUUUGAUGAAGCUCAAACAUAUGCAGAUGAAAAUGGCCUUCUUUUCAUGGAAACUUCAGCCAAAACAGCAAUGAACGUUAAUGACAUAUUUCUGGCGAUAGCUAAGAAACUUCCAAAAAACGAACAAUCAGGAAGUGCAAGCACGAGCGGUCAAGGUCGUCGAUUGGUCGAGACAGAAGGACAAAAGGCAGCAACUGGCAAUUGUUGCAAGUGAUUAUCCAAAUCUGUACGUGUUAAAUACUGUAUAUGUACCAUAAUCCAAAAAUAUAAGUACACCAUGAAUGUGUCCGCAUUGAAUUUGAAUGGAACAUAAAUCGAUGGGAAAAUGCCACUGUUAUGGAAUGGGAGGUGAACUAUGCAGGACGAACAUUUUGCCUGAGUGAUUAAUUUAGAAAAAUGCGUGUAUCACGUUUCAUUCGAAGAUAUAUCAUCUAUUUUGAGUAUCAGAUCUAUCGAAAAAAAAGGAAGACAGAGAGAAAGAAAGAAAGAAAGACAGAACGAGAGAAAGAGAGGGAGAGCGUGAGAGGGAGAGAAAGCGAGAGAGAAAAAGAGAGAGAUGUGGUGAAACUCCCAUUUGUAAUUCUAGUAGUAAUGGGCGGUGUUCGUUAUAAAUAUAAAUAUAUAUAUAAAUAUAUAAAUACGAUUAUACUAUAAAUCAUAUAUAAUUAAUAUGAUUUAUAUAAUAAGUAAUGUUAAUGGUAAUAAGUAAUAAUGAUAAUAUUAAUGGUAAAUUGAUUAUUAACAGUAAUAUUAAUAUUAGUAAUAAUAUACAUUUAAAAUAUACAAUGUAUGAUGAAUUUUUGGCACGCAAAACAUCUUGUAAGAUAGUAGGCCAUUUCUGCUGCUAAUUACCUAUGUAUUUACUUUCUUAGUUUGUAAACAUGUAUAACAAAUUUUUGCUCCGAAAUAUAUUGUAUAUUAAUUUUAUUCAAUAAUUCAUGAUAAAUUAUAAAUGAUACACAAGAAGAAGAAUAAACUUGUGAAUAUUAUUAUCGGCCUUAUCACAUGCGUCGUUUACUUCUAUCUAAAAUUAUUAUUAUUAUUGCUUCGCAAAUAAGUCUGUUAUUAUUUAAAUACAAGAAAAAUUAAUUAGUAUUACAGUUCUUAGCAAUUUCGUAAAAAAGUGUUUUUCAAUUAUUUCGCAUGUUUUCAAAGCUAAAAAAACCCAGUCUUGCCAAUGCAUGGUAUUUUAUAAAAUUUGAUAGUGUUGGCAUUAAUUUAUUAGAGUUUCGUCGCAAAUUCGAAUGUGAAAGUCUACUGUCUUCAUGUCCAUACGUAAUGUUCAUUCCAUUAUUUAUAGUAAUUAUUUAUGUUUACAUUAAAAAAUAUUGAUUUCCAAUAAUGUCGGAUAAAUUGAUGACAAAAGAUGAUGAUAUAGCAGAAGACCAAAAUAAUUAUUCAAAAUUAAUAAUUAAUACUAAAUCGUUAAAUUUAUCGGAACGUGUAAUACCGACUAUUCGAAUGUCAAUCUCUCGAAAAAUUCGUUCAGUAAAUUCUAUUGAAUCAAAUUUAGAUUAUGAUGAUUUGUGUGGACCAUGGAUUUAUCAGAAAAGUCCUGUUUGUGCUCGAUAUAUUGAUCCGCCGAUUUCAAAACUUUGUGUUUGGAAAUAUUUUACAAUGGAAGACAUGAUUUGCUUAAAGAAAUGCCAGAAGGAAGAAGAAAUAAUUGUCUUUGGUAAAUUACUCCAAAUAUGAUCUAAUUUUCUAUAAGUAUUAAUCAAAUUGUAAAAGAAAUUGAUGAUCGUUUACAGAAAAAAUAUUUUUGAGUAAGUAUAAAGAAAAAUGCAGUAACAUUCUUGUUAAAUUAUUGUGGGAAUUUUUUAAAUUUGUAAGGUAUGAGUUUGUCAGCAUAUGAAUACAUAAUUAAUUCUAUUUGCUCAAUAGAUAUCGAAAUGAAUAUAUAUUAUUUGUAUUUUAGAUUUCAUUCUUUCACAGAGAAAGGCACCUCCGUAGUUUUGGAAGUUACCUUUUUAACAUUCUUAUUUUUCUCUUCUAAUCCAUGGUGGUCAGCUGAAGAAAUUCUUCAGUUUUUUUAUGAAAGUAUUUUGUUGCAUACUGUGCUAGUUCGUAUUUUUAUAAUAUUCAAUUUUCUAAUAUUGAGUUUUUAGAAGAUUAUGUUUAUUGAUAGCGAUAUUAUUCUAUAUACGUGUUGAUGUUUCAUUUUAGAAUCCUCCAAACAGUAUAGAAAUAUUAUCCAUGGCGGAAUGCAAGUUGCUGUUCAGAAUAUUCCAUAAAAUAUUUUUAGAAAAUCUUGUAUUACUACAUAUCUUGUGUCAUGAAAUUUAUCGCUUUACUAUAAACUUAAAUAAUCCAUUCGAUUUAAUGUAGAAAAAUUAAUAAAAAAAAAUUAUGGGCUUUAAGAUUUAUCCAUAUGAUUAAAAGUAUAAAGGAAAUACAGAAAGUAUAACAGUAGAGCAUGAACACUUGGUAAUAAUAUAAAGAUGAUUAUAUUCAUUGUGAGACAAAAACGUUAUGCAAUGUUAUCAUUUGCUGGCUGAAGACUGGUAACCACAAUCACGACUUUCUUCUAAAACUGAAUCAAUAUUUCUUCUGCUACAGAAAUUAUCUUGAUAUUCCAAAUUCCUUUUGCGAAGCUCAUUUGUCAAGUAUUUCAUUUUAGGAAACCACCAAGUGUUACCACAUGUUGAUAUGCGUCGUGUUGCUUUUGUAAGAUUCGAUUUCUAAAGAAGGAAUUUUAAAAAUUAAUAUUUAUAAAGAUUAAUUUUUACAGACUUACUAACUUUUUGUGCGGAUAAAUGUUUUGAAUUUGUAGAAAUUGAUGUGACAGAAUUUUGUACGGCAAUCGAUGGUAAUACAUGGCAUCCUGCGCAAACAUUUCCAACAUUCUUUCCGCUACAUCGGUAUCCCCUUUUCAAUCUUUGAGUUAGUAAAUGAUUAGAACGUUUCAACUUCCUUGUUUCUUCUAAGAGAGAUCUAUAAUAAAAUGUUCAACUGUUUUUAAAAGAUUCUGUGUUUCGAAAUUUGUCAGGCUUAACGUAUAGAUGAAAUUCGUAAUUAAAUAAUAGAAGCACUUGCUUUUUUGCAAAUUCAAGUUCUCUUAAUUGUUGUUGCUGAUGUUUCAAUUUGGCACUAAGUUUAUUUACAUAGUCUCGUUGUUCCAUCAUCCAAAUACGAAUACAGGAAACAAUGUAUUGGGAUUGAUUGCAAAGCUCUGAUCUGCUUAUGGCAGUUUCUGUUAAUUCAGCUGAUAUACAAGCGAGAGACUUAUUCUUCAGUUGGCAUUCCUUUCUCAGUUCUAAUAAAGAUUUAUGAGUAUCUUGUAAUUCAGAUAUAAUUUCACAAUUAGUUUGUUCCACCAUAGUCUUUUCCUUAAUAAGAAGGCAAUUUUGUUCCGUGCAUUCUUUCAAUUGUAACAUCAUACAGCAGUUUGAUUCUUCUAUUUUCUUAACUUUUUCUCGUUCUGUUUCAACCUAGAAGUAUAACAAAAGAAUGAAUUAUUAUUUUAUAUAUUAACAUUAUUGUGUUCGAAAAAUAAAUUGAUUUAUUUAACUUGUUGUUGUAAAAUUUCUAGUUGUUCUGCAUAGGAUUUACAAAUAUCUUGUAGUUUACAAUGAUCGCCGUUCUUGGAUAUAUAAUUUCCCUGAAUAUUUUCUAAUUCUUCAUUGACUUUAUCUAAACAGUCUGUCAGAUUAGCUUUUUCAUUUUCUAUACUCGAUAUUUUCGAACAAUACUCCUUUUCCUAAAAUAAAUGAAUAGAGCAAUAUAGAUUUCACUUGGAUAUUAAUAUGAUCGUAUAAAGACAGUUACCAUGUUUGUUAUAUAUUUUUGUAAGUCUGCUUCACGUUUUGUCAUUUUCAACAAUUGUCCUUGCGCUUUAUGAUAAUCUUCUGUGGCUCUGUGAUAAUUUACUUCAGUACAGCGUAAUUGCAUCUGAAUUUCUUUUAACUAAAACAAAUAUAUUUAUUUAUAUUACUUAAGAAGUAUGAAAUUUUAUGUACAUUGAAAAAUUUAUACCACAUUUUUCAAUAGGCACACAUCUUCUUUUGAUUUAUUUUCAAAUGCAUUAUUUUCCAUUUUCAAUAUAGAAUUAUCAUUCUGCAAUAAAAUUUGUCAAACUAUAAUAUGUGAUUUAAUAAUAUUUUUAGACAAAAUGUUUUUGAAUAAUAUUUUUGCACACCUUUAAUACUUCAUAAUCUGCUUGUAACUUAGUCAUAUCAUUUGAUUUCUCUAUCAGCAUAUUUUUCAAGGACUUUAUUCUAUCAUGCAGGUUUGUCAUUUCCUCUUCCGCAUCAUUUAAUUCGGCUAAAUACCCUUUGAUCUGCAUAUUACUGCUAACUAAGUUUUUCUCAAGUUCCUCGAUUGUUUCAGUUUGUCCCUUUAUAAUGCUUUCGUUAUUUUUAAUUUGUUUGUAAAAAUUGUUAAUCUAAAAAAUUGAAAUUCGUAUGUCAGAUUGUUUAUAUUUUAUAAUUCCAAUAACGUAUAAAAUUAUGUAUACCUGUAUUUGUUUAUCUUCUAACUUUUUAAGGAGUUUUUCAAACUUUAUAUCAUUUUCUUUAAUGAACCUUAGCUCUUCCAUUAAACUUUCUAUUUCUUUUGUUCUCUUUUCCAAAUCAGAUUUCAGUUGCUCAUUCUCAUAACGUAGACAACAUUCUGUGUCUCUCAUCUUUUGUAAUUCAAAUGAUAUUUGCUGAGCGUAAGUUUCGUUUUCUCUUUCUAUUUUCAAUUCUUUGUCAAUUAUAUCAAAAUCCAAUUUACAUUUUUCUAAUUGUUUCUUCAUAUCUUCAUUUUCUCUAGUUAAUGUGUCUAUUUCUGACUGUAACUGGUGUUCGUAUAAAUAGUUUUUAAGCUGUACUGCGUUAUUACAUAUUUUAUCAUUAAAGUCAAAUAUAUCCUGUGUGGUGCAACCUCUAUCCAUAACUUCUAUUUUACUCUGACAUUCUUUGUCUUCAUUCAUUUUUGUUUCUUGUUUACAUUUUAAAGCUGAUUUCCUGAAAAAAUUAUUCAGAAAAUAAUAUUUUAAUAGUUUCAAAAUUAUGCUACCAAAGUUUAGUUAAUCCAUUACCUCGUUUCCUGUAAUUUUUCUUCUGCCUUCCGCCACAACUUUCUCAUGUGUAGGUAUUUAUUUUCUGAAUAACACUUUGACUGCACCAAAGUGUCUAUCUAUACAAAGUAAAAUAAAUGUCAUUUAAUAAGAAAGGUUUAUAAAAAAUAUUUAUUUUUAAUUUAUAGUAAUACUUCGUCAUACCUUGUGUUUUAAAGCUUGAAUAUCAUUCAUGCUGGCUUCCAAUUGUUCCUAAAUAGCAAAAAUUAGUCAUUGUCAAUAUUUUUUGAAAUUACACAAAUUAUAGUAUCUUAUGUUUAUUUUAAUAAUUAUAAUUAAAGAUAAAAAUGCAGUAAAACACUGAUCAUAGAAAAAUAUAUAUCUUUAUUAAUGGAAGGCAUGCAGUUUUAUAAUAAUUUUCAGGUUUUUCUACCUGUAUUGAUUUUAACAUAGAGUAAUGCGUAAUAUGGAUAGAAGUAAUAGUUAAAUAAUUAUCAUAUUCCAUGUAACAAAUUUUUUGUUGGAGUUGAUUGAUCGCAUCUCUUCGCAGUUCCAAUAAUUUUUCCUGUUUCACAGCCUUGAUAUAAGCAUAAAGAUUUUUAUUAGUAUUUGUAAUAGCAAAAUUAAUUAGAUGUUGAAAAGACAUUUUACAUACCUCUAAGAAACAUUCAUUAUAUUGACUUUGAGUUUCUUCUACACAUAUUGUUAAUAAACGAAUAGUUUCACAUUUUUCUUGAAGCUGUAAAGUAUAAUUUGAUUGUGUUUCUGCUAAACAAUUCUUCAAUUACUUUAUACGAACAUUUGAAAUAUGAACUUUAGUUUAGUUCAUCAUUUCUCACCAACGAUCGAUUUAAAAAUACACACUGUACGUGGAACACGGGAGAGACAAGGUGUUAAUUCCAAAACAGCACACAAUACAUGCAUGUUAUGUAUUUAAUUAUUUAUUAAACCAGAAAUAUUAACAAUGUUUGUUAAUAAAUUAUACAUAGCUACUAUUAAAGCUUACAAUUUCUUGAAUCCAGAAAUAUAAAUUUACAUAUUUCUACUUUUAAUGGACAAGUACUAUUCUAAUUACUUUCAACAAUUAUUAACUAUAUAUGCAGAGUUAAGUAGAAGAAUAUUUAUAUUAUAAAUAUACUAUAUAAAUAUAUUGCAUAUAAAAUUCUAUACUACAUAACAUUUGAUUUGAUUUUUCAAAUUCGAUUAUAAUGCGAACUUACCGCUCGUAUUGAGAAACAAUUGCUUAAUAAAAUAAGUACAAUUAUACAUUUAAAGCUCUAAAUUUCCAGUGAUGAUUCUAUUACGUAGUUUGGAAAAAGAAUUGCAUUCAAGAUAAAUUAGUUUGGACAUUAUUUACAUACGCUCAAUAUUUACAAAUCAAACCUUUAAACAUCAUGCACAUUCCCAUGACUGUACAUGGAAGAUGAAAUUGUGGACCACUGUUCACUCACGUCACUCAUAGUUCUAUGUCCCAUUUGAUCUAUACAUCUUUUGGCUUCUACUACAGCAUUUUGCAAGUGUCCUAUAGUCUGAUUUUGAAGUUCAUUCUAAAAUUUAAAACACGUGUUAAGUAAUCUAUAGAAGGAGAAUACUACAAAAUUUACACGGACAGUAUAUUUUAUUUAAAAAAUAAGUACGUUAUAUGCAUACCUGUCUUAACAAUUGUUUCUUCUCUUUUUCGAAUUUGGAAAGUAUUUGAUCCUGAUUAUCGAUCUAGGAAGAAACAUUUAAAAUGAUAUGUUACAAAUUUCAUUUAUAAGAUAUACACACCUUCUAUAUCUUGUUAAUAUUUUCAGAUUCUUGUAGAUCAGUUAUUACGAAUUCUUGAUUGCACAAUAUACGAAACUUGUAUCAUGUCAAAAUUCUAUUGACGACUUAGUGUACAAGUAUAAUAUACGAAACAAAAACAACUUACUUGUUUCUCAUAUUAUUAGGUCGUGUAAUAUGAAAUGUCGGAUUUUUCUUAUUCAUAAAUGUUUGUACUCCUGUUGUUAUUAUUCUUUUGUUUUUCAUAUAACUUCUUAAACAGUUUUAUUGUCGAUUAUUGGAAUAACUUUUUUUUAUAUAAAUUCAAACUUGGAAAUAAUGCUGCAAAAACCGCUCAAAAUAAAAACAAAGCAUUUGAGAACAAUACUGUGAAUAAAAGAACAGUGCAGUGUUGAUUUGCAAAAUUUCGUUUCGGUGAUGUUUCUUUGCAAAAUGAGUUUCGUGGUAAAUUCAAAACAGUAGUUUAUAACGAUGCCUUUAGAAUUUAUUAAUUUUAAACAUUCAAAAUUAAAAAGAAAAAGAAUAUAUUCAUUAAAAACACGUUGGCAGAAAUGUAUUGAAUAGAACAUAUUUUGAUUGAAUAGGCGUCUUUUAGAACAUUAAAUAAGGUGUUCUUUUUCCGUAAAAUCCGACAUUUCACAUUAUACAAGCCAAUACAACAAAUUAUCAUAAAAAUUUAAACAUUUUUGCAAAUUAUGUAGUCUAAAUUGUACUAAAUUUUUUAAUUAUACCUUUUCUUGUAGUUUCUGGUGAAGCUCCUUUAUUUCAGACUGUGUCAUUUUAAUAGCUUCCUUUUGAAUUCUAAUCAUUUUAUCUCUAUCUUCUAUCUGCAAGGAUAAUAUAAUUUUAUUACAUAUUCUAUUCGCGAUUAUAUUACGAAAAAAAGAUCUUAACAAAUUUAUACGCAUAAAUAAUGUAUACUUACAAGUUUAUUU